UACUCCCCAAAAGUAGAUGUGAUAAGAUAAGCUGUCACUUGCUGUAGAUGUAGCUUUUACAGUCUCCACACUCCAUGUCAAGGGUUAUGUUGUGGAGAGAUAGUCAUCACUUCACUUUUACUCCAAACUCCAAACUCAAAGUAUAGCAUACCGUCUGUUUUCAGAUGAAAUAGAAGUAGAAAUAUCCCAAAUCAAAGCAUAUUCACCUGUGAGGAUGCAGGACUGACUUGUUGUGCCAGUCUUGGUGUCCUUUAUAUCCCAACUGAUGGCAACAUAUUUUUUUGUGCAACAGUCAUGUGCUUCUCUGAAAAUUAUCAGCAAUAAUACGGUUCUUUACACCUACAGAGCAAUCAUUUGGCUUACAUAAGCCAUUAGGAGUCCAGAGUUCACUGAGAGGGGUUAUGGUGACAUCUUGCUCUCUGAUGAUGAGAGGGGCUUCCCUAUCAACCAACUUACCGUGGUUACUGAGGAAUACUUCACCACACCAGUCAUAGAGUUUUUUCAGACUUGAAUUCCAUAAGGAUCAUUGACCAGUUUUGCCAUUAAAAUUGAAUAUCCUUCCCAGAACCUACAUGUUUAAGCCAGACUGUGUUAGGCUUCCAUUUUGCCAUUCUUGUGGUUUAUACACAACAUGUCAUAAAUAUUUGUAACUGUUUAGUUAGUAGUAGAUAUGUUUCUGUUGUAUAUAUGUUCUGUGGUUUAUUGCUGUCAAUAUAAUCUGACUGCUUUUAUGGCCUCUGUAUAUAUAAGCAACCUCUAACAGCUGAGGCACAUCACGCUCUCUGCAUCAGCCCAUCCGGAGGUGUGACAAGCCAAUAAAUGAGUAAUAGUGUUUGACCAGCUGUGGAGAAAGGGAAGGCAGACAAAGUGGGAUACAGUGCACAGGUCCUCGGAUGCUCAGGUGGAAGUUGUGACCGAAAACUUUUUUUUUUGUUGGCAUCCGCUCUGACACCUUCACCCACACCACCACUAUAUCAGCUCCUGGACAGACAGUUAGCCCGAUAGCUGGUCUGUCUGACAGCAGAGACAGAGUUCAGCGUGAGGUGAAAAGAGGGAUUUAACUGCAGCAAUGUUAAAGCUACGUGCUCUGAGAGUGAGAAAUGCUCUGGUGCGAGAGUGCAUGGCUGAGUUCUUGGGAACCUUUGUCUUGUUGCUCUUUGGCUGCUCUGCCGCAGCGCAGGUAAAAACAAGCAGGGAGACUAAAGGCCAGUUCCUGUCGGUUAACAUGGCCUUCUCUGUGGGCGUGAUGUCAGCUAUGUACCUCACCAAGGGCAUCACAGGUGCUCAUCUGAACCCAGCGGUGACUCUGAGUUUCUGUGUGUUGGGCCAGGUGCCCUGGGGACGGCUGGUUCCCUACUGCCUCUCCCAGCUGCUGGGGGCUUACAUGGCAUCAGCGCUUGUCUACCUGGUGUACUAUGAUGCUAUAAUGGACUUUAGUGGAGGAGUAUUGACUGUAUAUGGCCCAAAUGAGACAGCAUCUAUAUUUGCCACAUAUCCCUCAGAGUACAUAACUUUGGGCAGAAGUUUCCUCGACCAGGUCGUGGGCACUGGCAUGCUGAUGUUGUGCAUCCUGUGUUUGGGGGAAAAGAGGAAUACCCCAGCUCCCUCAGAGCUGAUUCCUCCUAUAGUGGCAGUGAUCGUCCUGGGGAUCUCCAUGUCAAUGUCAGGUAACUGUGGUGCUGCAAUAAAUCCUGCUCGGGACCUGGGGCCACGCCUCUUUACGCUGACGGCAGGCUGGGGCACAGAGGUCUUCACGUGUUACAACUACUGGUUCUGGGUACCCCUGGUAGCCCCACCUAUCGGAGGUGUCAUAGGUACUUUCAUGUAUUUGAUCUUCAUCGACUGGCACCUGCCUGACCCGGACCAGCCUGAAAGCCUCUCCAUUCUAUCCACCAUCAGUGACAAAAUCCAGCAGCCCGGCACAACGUGGGACAAAGGAACAGGGUUAAAGACUGCACAUUUCUGAGAGUUACUGUAAUGAAAAUACGUCCUGCAUUAGAAGGUGGAUUCCACUUUUCAUGACCAAUACAGACAGUUAAAGACAGUAAUCUGUUUUAAAAUAUGUUUGAGAAAGCAGAAGCAAAUAUCUGAGCUUAGCCACUGUUCAGAUGCACGCACAUCUUGUGAUCUUUUGUUGGAAAAAUAACAGGAAACUUUUUCUUAUAUACUGUACGAUCCAUAGUGAGUUUCUACUCACGACAAGAAGUGGAAGCAGCUGAAAGAGACAUUGAUUGUGUGAUAAUGCUGUUUACUUCGAUGUCUGUAUUCUUUAGAAUAUUGAUAUAAGAUUGUAUAAAUACAUUUCCAAGAACUUG